ACAUUAUGGCAAAUGGGGGAGGGGUAGUUGCUGAUCCUCAUCCUUCGCAAAGGAGGGUAUUGAUCGAUAGUAAUGGAUGGCAUUCUGUGUUUGUUAGUGGGUUGUCCAUACAAUACAGUGUUUCGUCUGGAAUUGUAAAAGUUAAUAUGACUAUUUUUGUUCUCAAUAACUUGAAGCAAAACACUGAAACAUGAAUUUCUCGUGAUAAUGAUUUACUCUUCUCGACACGCAGACAUUCCUAAAAACAUGAAAGGCUGCAUUUUCUCCUGCCGAUAGGAUUGAAGUUAUUUUUCUGUCAACUACAUACACUUUGGAUAAACCAUGAUGGUGAAGCUAGUUUCCAACAUUUGAGUCUCCAAUUAAAUGGGUGUGAAGAUGAUGGACACAACAGCCCCGGAACCUCUGACGCUGUCUGAUGACAAUGACGAUGAUGGCGAUGAUGGCUGCAUGUCAUCACAGAGCUCGGACUAUGGUGAUGACGGGGACAUGAUGACGUCCGGUAUGCCGGACGAGGUCACCGCACAGCUGGCGGCCGCAGGUUGGCUAAAUCAGCGCACGGAUGGUCCAGUGGGAAUGGCAGCAGCUGCAGCCAUUAUGUCUGCAAAGAAAAGAAAAAGACCACACUCUUUUGAAACUAAUCCUUCCAUCAGAAAACGCCAACAAAACAGACUUCUACGCAAGCUAAGACAAACAAUAGAUGAGUUUGCUACACGUGUGGGACAGCAGGCCGUGGUGCUGGUAGCCACCCCUGGCAAGCCCAGCAAUAGCUACAAGUGCUUUGGUGCAAAACCUCUAGAAGACAUUGUGAAGAAUCUGCGCACCAUGAUUAUGGAGGAGCUAGAGACAGCCUUGGCUCAGCAGGCUCCACCUCCUGUACAGGAUGACCCAUCACUCUAUGAGUUGCCUCCUCUUGUCAUAGAUGGUAUACCCACCCCAGUUGAGAAGAUGACACAAGCGCAGCUUCGCGCUUUUAUACCUCUUAUGCUGAAAUAUUCCACUGGGCGUGUAAAACCAGGCUGGGGGAGAGAGUCAACCAAGCCUCCCUGGUGGCCAGCUGGACUGCCCUGGGCCAAUGUGCGCAUGGAUGCUCGGUCUGAGGAAUCCAAGCACAAGAUCUCAUGGACACACGCUCUGCAGCAGAUAGUCAUCAACUGUUACAAGUACCAUGGGCGUGAAGACCUGUUACCAGGGUUCAACGAGGAAGAGGACAAGAACGGUGCAGUGGCAGGUGGAGGUGCUGGUACAGGAGCUGUGGGGGUUAUACGUCUGCACAAGGCAGAGACUCCUCCCACCACCUCACCGCUGGACACUACCAACCAGGUGGCUGCUCAGUAUACCCCAACGAUGCUCCAGACCAUCAGCAACCCCGAUGGCACCCUCAGUAUCAUCCAAGUGGAUCCCAGCAACCCUAUCAUCACACUGCCCGAUGGCACCACAGCUCAUGUCCAGGGGGUUGCCACAAUACAUACAGGCCAUGGGGAGACUGGUGCAAUACACGCAAUCCAUACAGGGGAGGGAGGAGGGGUGGCAGUUGAUCUCAGUAAUGUGACAGAAGCAACCCUCAACCAGGAUGGCCAGUUGAUUCUAACAGGAGACGAUGGCCAGAGUUAUCCAGUGUCAGUGUCUGGCAUGAUCACAGUACCAGUUAGUGGGGGAGGCGGCAUGUACCAGACCGUGAUGGCUAACAUACAGCACAUCCAGGCAGGCAGUGACGGCACCAUGCAGGUUAUCACUCCGCUUUGUCAUGUCCCCAAGGUGGAGCCAACGUCUGGAGAGCAAGAUGGGGUGGAAACCAUCACACACCAGCUGGUGAACAUUGCAGGUGAACCGCAGAUGUUGCAGGUGUUAUCACUCAAGGACUCCGCUGCCCUUAGUAAAGCUAUCGUCACAUCAGACAACAAGGACUCUCCUACAAUUACUGGAGAUUAAUUAAUCUGAUUUUAUAAGUCUGAAUGCAACACAUCUGCCAGUGAAGAAGACUCUAUAAAAGAUUACAACGUUCAAGAAUUUGGCCAAGUUUUUGUACAAGAUGUUAACAGUUAAACUGCAUCCUUCAGGUUAAAGAAAUCUGUGUUUAUCAUAAUUAUCUGACAACAUGUUUUCAUCUUUUUCUCAACUGCUGAAAAUGUUGUUAAGGUAUUGCCAAUUAGUGGGAUUUUUUAGCUUUUAUUUAGUCAUAUUUAUUUAAUAAGUAACAAAAAUAACUAAAAAGGUUUUCUUAACUCUAGAGGUAUCCUUUCUCAUAAGUUGUGUAAGUUGCUCUAUUGCAAUUUGUAUUAUGUCACAAUGUGACAAUCAGGACUUGCCAGCAAAAAUCACUUUUUCAUUUCUAUUUCAUUACAUAUUGUAUGUUAUGCCAAUUGAAAGCCAAUAAGUCAUUGUUCGUAUUUAGAAGUUCAUGGAGUUAUUCUAUCCUGUACAGGUGCCAGUCCAUAAUUUUUUAAGGAUUUUGUUGGAACUCUUAACAACUUAGCUAAUUCAUUAGUAAUCAUUUGUCCAAUAAUUUUUUUGAUAGUUUCUUUUGUUUUGUAUAUUAGAAUUUUACAAGUAAUUUAGUUGUGUGUGUAGGAAAUGUAAUAUUGUAUUCAACAAAGCCAUAAUACUGCAUAUAAUUUUGUUUAUACUACUUAGGGAUAAACCUUGACUAUAAACGUUUAAAACAAUUGCAGCAUUCUUAGUUAUCAAUUGUAUUGUUGAAGGGAACAGUCCAAAAAUAUCAAAAGAGAUAUACCAAAAGUAAAUAAACACAAUAGCUGUUCAAGAAUUGGUAAAGAUGUUUGCAGUGUUUAAAUGUAAUAAAAGAAGCUAGAGGUGUCUCAAAAGUUGUGUAUUUUAGCACACUUACAGUACUGUACUUGAAGUUUGAAUUGAAUAAUAUCAAUAACACAAAAUUUAAGUAGCAAUAUCUCCAAAUUUGAGUUGAUUGUAGAUGUUGUAUAUUGAUUCCCUGAAGGUGGGGCCGAUAUCAACCAGUACUUGAUACACAUAUGUAAAUACUCAGAUACAAAAUCUAUAAAGAAAGCAGCAUUAAAGCAUACCAUGUCUCAACUAAAUGAUUAGCAAGACAUAGUAUGAACUAAAAACAUCUUCAUUCUUUCUCUAAAAAUGGAACCGGUCAGGAUCAACAGUGACAACUAAGAUGUAGGGUAAUAUAAUGAUAACUUAAGAUGUAGGUAGAAUCAAAUUUUUCUAUAAAAUUAUCUAAUAAUUAAUUUAUUGGUUGGCUAAUUGACUCUCUGAGAUCCAGAAGAUUAUCUGUGGAGGUGAAGAAUAUAAUUUAUUGUUCAUCAAAAUCACCAGUGGUCCAGAGGAGUAAUGUUUUUAUAGCUAUUAAUGUAUUUGCAUAGUGCAUCUACACUUAACAUUGACAAAAUUUAUGCAGUAACAAUUUUGAUUAAAGAAAUUUACUCUUAAUCCUUUACGUGUCUUGAGUUACAUAUCAUUAUAUUUUGAUGAAAAUAAAGCAGAAACUACUUACACAUUCCUUAAAAACAAAUGUGUUGUAAAUAAACAAUAUUAAGUCACUUUUAUAAUCUUUUAAUUUUUCAAAUUAGACAAAUCUUGAGUAAAAGAUUAAACAAUUUUAUUUUUCUUUGAAUGAACUGUCCCAUUUUCUAUUACUAACACCGCAUUCACUCACAAACUCUAUUAUUAUUAUGUAUAAUUUUAAUCUAUUGCCCAAGUCCUUAUGAUCAUUACUCAUGCAGUGUCAGUGUGGACCCGGACUCACAACAUUAAUGUGAUCUCGGAUUUUCAAUGUACUAUUUGGUAGUAGUUACCUAUUUAACCUGUCAGAUUAUGAACCAUAUAUUUUCUGCAGAUCUUUUGAGUAAGCAAUAAUAAACACCACAUUUGUAAGCAGUUUUAAUUUAUUGGUAGUAUUUUUCUGUUGCUUGAAUUUGUUUGAUAAAACUAUUUGAUUCAAACUUCAGGCAUCUUUACUUCGCUACAUUUUCAAGUACAGGGUGAGCCAGUCAAACCGGCGAUUUUUAAUGAGGUGUAAUGACUUGACCUGCAUAUUGGAAAAAUCAUUUAAUACUAAAAAUCUAAAGUACACAACUGGAAAUUUAGUUUAAACUCACCCAAACGUGAUUUACAGUUUACUUUUUAAAAAUUGUGUCACUUAAGUGAUGCCCAUUAGAAUUUAGACAUUGAUCCAGUCUUGAACGAAAGUUAUCCAUAGUGUCUCGGAGCAUUCUCAAAGGAAUAGCAUUCACUUCAUCACGAAUUCGUUGCUUCAGAUCCAUUACAGAUGCUGGUCGGGUUUCAAAAACUUUUGCUUUUAAAUAACCCCACAGGAAAUAAUUGCAUGUGGAGAGAUCUGGCGAUCGUGGUGGCCAAGAAAUGUCCCCAUUCCUGCUGAUAAGACGAUUCGGGAUCAAAGCUGACAGUUCAUUCAUAACCACUCUUGCCGUAUGACUGGUAGCUCCAUCUUGUUGGAAAAACGUUUGUUCAUUCACUGGAAAGUUUUGAAGUGUAGGAACAAAAAAGUGUUGCAGCAUAUAAAGAUAACGCUGUGAGUUAACUGUAAUUGCAUUCCCAUUAUCGUCCUCAAAGAAAUAUGGGCCAAUUAUUCCUCUUGACGAUAUCACACACCACACAGUGACCUUAGCUGAGUGGAGAGGCCUUUCAUGCAUGGAUUGAGGAUUAUCUGGUGCCCAAUACCGGAAAUUUUGUUUAUUUACAAACCCGCUCAGAUUAAAGUGCGCUUCAUCACUCAUCCAAAGAUUAUGGAUGAGCUCUGGUUCAUCCUCAAUCAACUGUAACAUUUGCUCACAAAAAUGCAACCGAACACCAUAAUCUUGUACGGCAGAUGGCGUCGGGCAGAUCGACCUGAACUUCUUUCCACUGCUGUGCGCACUGCAUUCACAUUCUCAGGUGUUCGCACUGUUUUCAUUGAUCCGCCUUUGUUUUGGUUGUUGAACCUGACGAUUCAAAAUUCUGAAUCCAGCCUUUAAUAGCGUGGGCUGAUGGCACAGGAGCACGAGGAGGCAGGCGGAAAUGACAGCGAAAAGCACGUUGAGCACCGACGUAACUUUCACCGCCAGUGUAAAAGGCUUUAACAGCGAACGCACGCUCUUCACCGGACCAACGCUGCAUGGUGACUAAACUUCCCAGUAGGGAGGACAAGAAUAGCGGUGACCUUCACUUCUCCCCCCUCCCAUCACGCAGCCGGACUCGUCUACAAAUCGCCCGUUUCACUGGCGCACCCUGUACUUGCUUGCUUCUAAAAUUUCAGAGACAUUGUGUACUUUACAAGAACUCUGCCAAGUUGACAAGAGUUCCUAAGCAAGUUAAAAUCCCUUUUACAUAAUUGUAUUUGUUCUAGAAUUUAUUGUACAGAAGGUAUUAUCUCAUGUACAUUUGAGUGUAUGUACUGUGUUUGUGUCCAUAAUAGUUUAUAUGCUAUUUUCUAAUUAUACUAGUCAUACUAGUCAAAUGGCUGGCUCCAUCAGUCACCGGUUUUAUUAACCGACAGCCUAUUUUACAAAAUGACAUACACUGUCUUUGUACCUUAUAUAUCCUAUUUAUUUUACACUUUAGACCCAAUUGUAUUAUAUUUAUUUAGAGUAGAUGUUAUAUUUAUAAAUAAUGUAGGAUUCUGUGUAAUGACAAUUAAAUAAUGUUCUUAGUUGAUAAUAAUCUCUAACUAAACUGUAUUAUGAUUGUGGUAAAAUCAAGUUUGAUUUGAAUUCAUAUUGAAAUAUUGUUAAAUGACACGGGUCCAAUGGAACGUAUACAUGAAGAUAGACUUGUUAUUAAAUGCUA